UCGAAAAUGUCCGGACGAACAUUUGUGUGAUCUCUGUGUUUCUUCUCUCCUUCUAUCGGACAAAUGUUUUAUUUGUUUCAAUCAAAUUAACAUCAAAAACAAAAACCGAAACCAAAAUUGAAUAUCGGCGAACCGACAGAAAAUUGCGCGAAUCAAAAAUUCGCAAAAUUUUUGUGAAUUGAAAAAAAAAUCUGAUUCGUUUAGAAGAAUGCCAGCAGUUGAACUGUGAAUAAUACAUACGCAUUUACAGUAGAGAGUGUGUGUACACGACAGAAUUAAGAGAAUUAAUUGACCGCAGCAGCAUUCAUGCAUAUAUCUAAAACCACAACCGACAUAACAACAAACGAACGGAAAAUAAAGUAAACGAAAGAAUAUAGACGAAAAUAAAAAAAUAAAUAAACGUUUGUGAAAACGAAAAACAGUGUUUAAACAUGUUCAAAUGCAUUCCGAUAUUUAAAGGCUGUAAUCGCCAAGUUGAAUUCGUGGAUAAAAGACAUUGUUCACUACAAAAUGUGCCCGAAGAAAUUCUCCGCUAUUCACGAAGCCUCGAAGAGCUACUGCUCGAUGCAAAUCACCUCAGAGAGCUGCCAAAGAAUUUUUUUCGAUUACAUCGUUUGCGCAAAUUGGGCUUGAGUGACAAUGAAAUCAAGAGAUUGCCAUCUGACCUACAGAAUUUCGAGAAUUUGGUGGAAUUAGAUGUGUCGAGAAACGAUAUCCCCGACAUUCCAGAUGAGAUACGGCAUCUCAAAAGUUUGCAUACGGCCGUUUUUAGCUCGAAUCCAAUCGAACGUCUACCGCCCGGAUUUUCGCAAUUAAAAAACCUAACAGUAUUAGGAUUGAAUGAUAUGUCAUUAGCAUCACUUCCAGAUGAUUUUGGAAACUUGUCACAAUUGGAAACCCUGGAAUUGCGAGAGAAUUUAUUAAAGGAUUUACCGGAAUCGAUCAGUAGAUUAACCAAAUUAGAACGAUUGGAUCUGGGUGACAAUGAUAUUGUGACGUUGCCAUCGCAUUUAGGUUAUUUGCCAGCGCUCCAAGAAUUAUGGUUAGAUCACAAUGAAUUGCAGCGGUUACCACCAGAAAUAGGCCGUUUGACUAAUUUAACAUGUCUCGAUGUAUCGGAAAAUAAACUAGAAGAAUUACCUGAAGAAAUUAGCGGUUUAGUGAAUUUAACCGAUUUGCAUUUAUCGCAAAAUGUUCUUGAAACAUUGCCGGAUGGAAUGGCAAAGCUGCGCAAAUUGACCAUUCUUAAAUUGGAUCAAAAUCGACUAGAAGAAUUAAAUGAAUUAAUCGGAUUAUGUGAAAAUCUGCAAGAGCUUAUAUUGACCGAAAAUUUUCUGAUAAAAUUGCCGAAGUCGAUUGGUCGUUUGAUAAAAUUGAAUAAUUUGAAUGUAGAUAGAAAUGCCUUAGAAUCGAUACCGUUAGAAAUCGGCAAUUGUACAUCGUUGGGUGUGCUCAGUUUACGUGACAAUAAAUUGAAAAAAUUGCCGAGCGAAUUAGGAAAUUGCUCCGAAUUACAUGUGCUUGAUGUAUCGGGCAAUCAAUUACAAUAUUUACCAUACACAUUGGUCAAUCUAAAAUUGAAAGCGGUAUGGCUAUCGGAGAAUCAGGCCCAACCAUUGCUCACAUUUCAAACGGACACCGACGAAAAUACCGGCCAACAGGUAUUAACAUGUUUCUUGUUGCCUCAAUUGGAAUAUCAGCCACAAGCUGCAGAAAUUCUUCUACCUGGCCGCUUGUAUCGAUCGAAUCAAAUAUUCGAUUCAAUGGAUUUAUCCCAAAUUGAAGAUCGACACGAAGAAGACCGCUCUUCUGAUGAUGAGGCAUGGGAAGAACGUGAAACAUCUCGUACACAUUCCGUUAAAUUCUCCGAAACCGAUCCAGAUCCGGAUAUUGGCGACAAGGAUACACCAUUUGUACGACAAAAUACACCGCAUCCGAAGGAAUUGAAAGCAAAAGCGCAUAAACUUUUUGCAAAGGAAAAGAACAAAAUUGACGAUGGAAACUUGGACACCUUGUCCGAAGAGUCAUCAUCAAAACCAUCAUCGGGGAAAACAACCAUCAUUAAUUCCACAACAAUGGAUAACAUAUCCGAGGCACGAACUGAAGUUGAAUCAAUUGUGGCGCCUCCAUUGAAUGUUUCAGCCAAUCCUAGUGCCGUCGCUAAAAGUAUUUCACAAGAGCCAAUUUUUGGUGGAGACGAUGAAAAUGGAGAUGUUAAUGGUUUCAAUGAGCGUAAAGUGGGAUUUUUCAUGGAAGAACCGGAGAAAAACGAAUCGGAAGGUGAAGACGAAGGUGAAGAGGUUGAAAAAUUACAUCCAAUUAAAUUGCACAGACGAGAUACGCCACAUCAUUUGAAAAAUAAGCGAGUUCAACAAAUUGAUAAGCAAGCUGCAAGUAUUCUGCUGGCAAAUGCACCGAAACAACUGGAAAUUGUUGCGCCGAACGUAAUCAAUGACAGCAAUGUUUUGGUGGAAUCCAAUCAUGAAAAUAGAUCCGGUCAUUUGAACGAUUGUGAUGCAUUGGACGGUUUAACGGAGUUGCGAACAGAAAACUAUGAAAUUCACAUUGAAAGAACGUCAGCUGGUUUGGGUUUGAGUAUUGCAGGUGGUAAGGGCUCAACGCCGUACAAGGGAAACGAUGAUGGUAUAUUCAUUUCGCGUGUGACAGAGGGUGGACCGGCCGAUUUGGCUGGUUUAAAAAUUGGCGACAAAGUCCUAAAAGUGAAUGGUGUGUCAGUCAUCGAUGCCGAUCAUUAUAAUGCGGUUGAUAUAUUGAAGGCUUGUGGAUCGGUGCUAGUUUUGGUUGUACAACGCGAAAUAACACGUUUAGUUGGACAUCCGGUGUUCACACAAGAUGGGUCGCUGGCACAGAUUGCCAUUUCAAAUCGAUCGGCAAAUCCAGCGGUCACAGUUCCAGUACAGCAACAAACCGUCGAACAAAUCAUUAAUACAAGCGCAAAAUCGAUACCAUCACCCAUUCAAAUUCACAAUGAACAACAGCAACACGUUGAACACUUAUCCACACCGCAUUCCAAUGGAAUUACUGAAAAUGGACGGGAAAUCACACAUAAAAUAACAUUGCACACAACUUUGAUAAGGGAUCAAAUCGGUCAAGGUUUGGGUUUCAGCAUUGCCGGUGGAAAAGGCUCACCACCAUUCAAAGAUGGAUCCGAUGGCAUUUAUAUAUCUCGCAUUACCGAAGGCGGACUUGCGCAUAGAGAUGCAAAAAUUUUAGUCGGCGACAAAGUGUUGGUGAUAAAUGGCGUUGAUAUGACGAAUGGAACACAUGAAGCGGCCGUACAAUUGUUAACCGAUCACCAGCGUUUUGUGCGUUUGGUUGUACAACGCGAAGUGAAAGGACCAUUGGAACCACCAAGCCCACAUAGUCCAUCGUAUUUGAAAGGUUUAAGUCCAUCGGGUUACAUGGCAAAUCGUCCCGGAUACAAACGCCCCAGCAUUUCAAGUUUCGUUGAAUCACCCACUGCCGAAUCAUUGAAAACGGUCAUUUCGAAUCCAGCAUCACCAGUUGUGCCACAACAAUUCAAAUCAAAUACACAAAGUCCAAGCACACCGACCAGCGGUAAAACAAAUGGCAUUGGCAGUUCAUCACAACCAGUGCCCGCACCUAGACGGCUCACUUCACUGAGUUCGGUCGGAUCGGGUAUUAACGGACAAUCAAAUACACAAAAUGGCAAUCGAUCCGAAGACGAUGAUGUACAGGCAUCAACACAACGACCAUUAACAAGUGAAGAUUUUCAAGCCAUGAUACCGGCGCAUUUCAUAAGUGGCGGCCAACCCGACUACGUUUUUGAAAAGCAUGAACAAGGGCCAUCGGUCACGGUCACAGUUAAAAAAGGUGUUCCAGAUAUGCCAAUGUUGCCGCCAGCACCAACUGAAUUGGGCAAAGUUACUGAAACGAUAACCAAAUCAACAUUCACUGAAACGGUUAUGACACGAGUCACCGACAAUCAUUUGGGCGAAGCUCUGAUUAGCGAGGAAGUCAUUUUGCCGAAGAAUAAAGGAUCGCUUGGUUUCAGCAUCAUAGGAGGCACUGACCACUCAUGUGUGCCAUUUGGCGCCAACGAACCUGGCAUUUUCAUAUCACAUGUCGUUCCUGGUGGCGUAGCUGCUGAUUGUGGUAAAUUGCGAAUGGGAGAUAGACUAUUGAAGGUAAAUGACAUCGAUGUUACAUCAGCAACACAUGAAGAGGCUGUUAAGCAACUUUUACGACCUGGCGAUGAAAUAAAAUUAACAAUUCAACAUGAUCCGCUUCCGGUUGGUUUCCAAAAUAUACUAUUGGUGAAAAAUGAGAACGAACGGCUUGGUAUGCAUAUCAAAGGUGGUUUAGGCGGUCAACGAGGCAAUCCUCUCGAUCCGAAUGAUGAAGGUGUUUUCGUGUCAAAAAUCAAUUCAAGUGGUGCAGCACGACGUGAUGGACGACUAAAGGUCGGUAUGCGUAUAUUAGAGGUAAAUGGAACUUCGUUGCUCGGUGCUAGCCAUCAGGAUGCUGUGAAUGCAUUGCGUGAAGCUGGCAAUGAAAUCCAGAUAAUCGUGUGCAAAGGCUACGAUAAAUCUAGUUUGAUACAUUCGAUUGGUAGUGGCGGUGGCAUGAGCACCGGCUUCAACAGCUCAUCCAAUCGCCUCGGUUCAAGAGCAUCGGAAACUGGAUCCGAAUUGAGCCAAAGUGUAUCAAGCCUAGAUCGAGAUGAUGGUGGUGUUGAUGAUUCUUCUUUGCCCAUUGCAUUGACAAAUGACAAUGUAUUCGAAAACAGUGGCAAAGACAUUGCACGCAUUCACACACCUGAGCCACAUAGCGAGUCAAAUGUUGAACGAGUUUCCGAAACAUCGCAAGAUGUUGCGCUGUUAAACUCCGAACAAACAUUAGUCAACACGAAAGAAAAGAGCACAAAAGAUAAGGUUCUGGACAUUGUUCGUGCCGCCGAGUCAUUAGCCUUAGGAACACAUAUGUCAGAUAGCAAUGUGAAUGCUGAGCUUGUCAGUCAUCCUCCAAAAUCGCCGGUCGAGCAUGAAGAUAAAAUGCAUAAAACAACUACGAUUGUGAUGUCGGCACACACAUUGGACACUCAGCCACAGGUCGAUAGCCGAAUAGGAAGUACGAAAAAACCGAUUUCUACCUCUCAUCAUAAAUACGAUUCAACGAAAUCAUCAAAUGACAGUCUUUCAUCUGCCGAUACAAUGAUUUCGAAUACAAAAGAACAACUACCACCACCAAGACCACCUUCACCACAACCGCCGCCGGCUCCGCCUUCGAUACCGGAACUACAAUUCGACAUGCCCGAUCAAAGCGAAAUCGAAAUCGAAGUCUUUGAAUUCGAACCAUAUAAAUAUGAUGUACCAAAAUCACGAUCACAAUCAACAACAUCAUCAACACAAACAAGGACACAUCGCAAAUCAGUUAGCUUUGAUUUAUCUGAUAAUGAAUAUAUACCGGUGCUAUCGCAUGACGACGAACCACAAACAAAUGAUAACAUUGGCGAAUUGUUUUUAUCACAAUUUAGCCGAGAGAAUUCACACGAAGACAAUGAUGGUUAUGAAGUUCCCAUUAAAUAUCCAAGUGGUCCAAAAACAAAACCAAAAAGACAGGUAAAAAGUAUACUACGUUCACCGAGCCCAAGUUCAAAAGCACCAACAACUCCAUCUUCGUUGGAUCGACCGCUGAUAACGUCGUUUAUUCACCAACCGCAACCAAGUACAAGUGUAACAACGGCUGUUGUACAUAACAUUUCACAUUCGUCGGACGAUGAAAUCGAACGUGAAAAUCCAUUCCGUAAAGAAGUUUUGGGACGGCGAGCCGAAAACAUUUACGAAGAAUUGAAUUUCAAAGAACAAGCGGCACAACAAAUGCCACGGAUUGAGAUGAAUGUGAAAGAAGUGCAAAAAGGAACAGAAACGCUGAUACCGGUGAAGCAACGACCAAAAUCUGCAUACGAAUCAAGAGAAUACACUGAAAUUCUAACGAAAAUCCAUCAAUCGAACGAUGAUUUGAGUGAAAAACCAGAAUAUUCGCUGAUUUCACAGGGUACAGCACAGUCGACCGGUAGCUUAUUAAUAAAUCGACCCAAACAAAAGCCACCAUUACCUCCAAAACCACCAAAAUCCCCAUCUUCCGCGAAGUCAUCGCCAUCCAUUGUUAAACACGCCGAUCUCAAGCAAAAUGAAGCGUUGAAAUUAUUCCAAGAAGGAAUGUUACGUGGGGAUUUGUAUGAAUUUAUUCACGAUGCCGAUACCAAUCAAGUUUCACGAAUUAAACAACAUGCCACUAGCAUUCCAAUUGCAAUGGCCAAAGCGGCCGAACCGGUUGUUGAAGAGAAAACCAAAGAAUCACCACAUCUGACGUCUUUUAAUCCAAGCAGUCCACUUCCACCAAUUCCAAAAACUCCGACCACACCACCAUAUUCAAAAAUUUAUAAGCGCGCAACAAGCGUCGAGCGACCCACGGUCAGUCCACCGCCGCCACCAGUUAAUUUGUCAACGUUACCUGGAGUCGAUAAAUUGAAACCCAUUCAAACCGAAGAUGGUUCAAGAGUCGAAAUCCUAUCCACGAGUUCCGAAGAGUUGAGAAAAUUCCAUCGUGGUGAUCAACACAAUGAAAACGCCCCCGAAUACAGUUUGGUUACCGAAGAAACACACCGUGAAAUUUUGCUACAUGAAAAUGAGAUCCGAAAUGCGUUGCAACAAGAGAAAAUUGUCACCGAAACAAUAACAUCGACGACGAGUCGAAUUCCAGUGCGAAAGGCUCCAUUACCACCCCCACCACCACCGCCGCCGCCGCCAACAAAACCCCAAUAUAAAAAUACUUCAAUUUCAUCGAAUGUUAGUCAAGAGCAUUCAUCGUCUGCACCGACACCGUCUCAAGUGUUUCCCGUUACGCAAAUUCUUCCCGUGCAAUAUUCAAAUUUGCCAACACCACAACAGCCCGACUACUUUUUAACAUUUCCAUCGUCGCCACCUCAAUCGAAUUGUAACGUAAUGGCAAUGCCACAGCCGGGCGCGUUUAGUGCAUUUAUGUCUCCGCCCGCUUCAGCCAAAGUACCAAAAUCGGUGUCAGACCGUAAGCGAUUCUUUGAAAAUGCGAUGGAAGACCACAACAAACCAGCACCAAAAUCAGAGAAAGUUUUCUCAUUUUUAUCACAAGAUGAAGUUGAAAAACUGAAACAAGAAGAAGAGAAAAAAAUUGAAACAUUAAAGCGCGAUAAAAAGAACAAAAAGAUUUUGCGAGCUACAGAUGGAAAUAGUUUUGACGAUGGAGAUGACAAUGUCGAUGGUACGUCAAGUGAAGACGAUGACGACGAUGAUGACGAUGACGAUAUCCAUGCAGGCGAUUCAAGAAGCAGCAGCCUUGUGUCGCCAACACCACAAAACAACGAAACGCCAACACCACAAAAAAUGGCGUCGUCGGCGAUGACAAUGACGACGACAACUCCCAGUCGCAUUCCGAUACGAACAAAUAUAAAUAGUCGCAUACCCCGACUCGUUCACACGGAGACAACGUUACUCUCAUCACCUUCGGCUGCAAUUUCAUCCGAUCACAUUUCCAAUAACACCAAUAAAUCCAACUCGACCCAAUCUCCAUUCGAAUUGCAGGCAAUCCAGGCUGAAAAACGUGCUGCUUGGCGACAAAAACGAUUGGAAAAUCUGGAAAGAGAAGCCGCGGCUGCCCAACAUGCGAUGAAUAAAUUGACCGACGAUUUGACCAAGAAAAAUGAGGCCAUCGUUUUUCCACGCAUCGCAAUCAAAACCAAUACGGGCGCUUUGAUUGUGCGCGAAACGGAAAAAGUGCUCGGCGAAAAGGUAACAACACGCACUGAAGAAGUGCCGUGUCCGGUAACCGGUGUUCCUCAUUUACGAACCGUCGAAGUUGUUGAGAAGCUCAUCGAAACUGAGGUCGAAACUUGUCAAGAGAAGAUAAUUACGUUGGAACUCAAGGAUCCAAUCACAAAUGUCACGCUAACUGAGGAACAACUUAUGGCAGCCAAAUUGCCUGACACACCAAUCUCACCGUCUGAUGAUGAAAAUUCAUCAAUUAUUACGGUGCGUUCGAAUGCAAGCAAUAAUGAUAGUAUGGUACGUCUGCAUUUGGCCACCGAAAAUAAUGAAACAGACGCCGCGCAAAGUGCAUCGGGUGGAUCAUUCCUGAUGACCGUUCAGCAGCAACAGCAACAACCAUCGUCAAAUGUGAUUGAUGCGAAUAAUGAUGAUGGUAAAAUGCAAACAAUCGUCGAAGUGGUGAACCCGUUAAUAUCCGGUCAAGGUUAUGCAAACACAAUUGCGGUGGGUGGUUCGAAUGAUGAUAACUCGUAUCCAUCAUUUGAUCCAAAUGAUGAUGAUAAUGCAGCUGCCGAAGCAAACUAUGAUUCGCUUGACAUGUACAAUACGGCCAGUGAAUUAUCGUUGAGCGACAAAAUGAAAAAUGUGCUACAGGAAUUAGUCAAAAAUGAACGGGUACGGUUGAGCUUCUCACAAAGCAUAUCCGAAGGCGAAGACAGCGAUAGCGAACAAAAUGAUACUGACGACGAUGCAAAUGAGCCAUUAAAACAUGAUAGCAGCGAUGAUGAAUCAGCCGCACCCAUUAACUCCACGAAUCAAACGGUGAACGCACCAGCAACGAUCGAAAUACCAACAACGGAAGCAAAUGGAAACGCUGUUAUCGCAAAGCUUAACAUUGUCGACACGAAGGAAAGCGAUAACAGUAAUAAUGAUGAUAUACAAAAUGCCAACAUUAUUGAUGAUAACUUUAUUUACAAAAAUCCCAAUUUUUUGAUGGCUGACGAUGAAAUUGAUGCGAACACCUCACAACAAAGCGGAUCCACUGUUACACGCAAAGACCGCGAUGAAAAAUUAAAAGAAAAACUCUUGGCCGAACUGAAUGUGCAACCAUCGGCGAUGAUGACGACGAUGACAUCGAUAGCGGUUGACACUAAACCUGAAAUUCUUAUAACCGAAAGUACAAACAUUGAUCCAGAUGAAGAAGAAAAUUCGAUUUCGAUUCAAGACGAAACUCCAUCAACGCCAACAUCACCCAUUGAAACGAGCAGCAAAAGUGACAGCAUCCAGUCAGCUGGUACGGCAGGCAAACGAAAGAAGCGAAAAAAUAAAUCCCGAAAAAAGUAGUCAAUUGAAGCAUAAAAUAUAAUUCAACACUCGUUUUGAAGCUCCGAUGAUGAUGCACUCGCAUUAGAAAUAGUUUAAGAAAUAUAUUUUUUUUUUGAGUCUAAAUGUAUGUGUGUAGGUUAGGUUUUUUUAGAAAGACGAAAAGAAGAGGAAACCAUGUAGAUACAUUUUUAGCGUGAGGAAAGAGCGCAAUGCAAUAUAAAAUGGUGAGCGAUUGAAUGGAUGGUAAGCUGUGUAGUUUUGCAAUUGUGAUUGGAGUUUUUUUUUAUCGAAAUAGGGAAAUUGAAGGAAACACAUAGAACAUUUCAAAACAUUUAAUGUAUUGCAUUUUAACAUAUUGAAAGUUGUCAAGCGUAUCGAACAAUCGGUAUGGGAUUUUAAGCUCAUUUUAUUUCGCUUUGCUCAUUCAACAAAACGGAAAUUAUUGUACGCGUUUAGAUACCGAGUAAGAAAAAGAGAGACGGAUCGCGAGAGAAAUAGACAAGGGAUGAUAAAGAGAGUAAAUGUUUACUCCGUAAAAAAAUCCAACAGUUCGACUUUGUAUCGCAGCUAAACUCCAUAAAAAAACGAAAAAAUGAACAUCAAUAGUAAACCAAGUUGGUUAACUGUGAGCAGCAGCAGAAUCACUUACAUUGUCGUGGUUUUUUGUUUUGUUCGAUCUCAUUAGAUAUCAACCAGUCAAACGAUAAAAAAAUGAAUUUCGAUGGAAACGAAACGAAAACCCAAGCUAAAACAAAAUAAAAUGACAUUUCAAACAAUUUAAAAAACUGUUUCCACAUUGUUUCCAAUGUUUUUUUUUUAUUAUUUUUAGUUGUGUAUCAUUGUGUUUUAUUCAGUAAUUCCUUCGUUCACAUACUGUAUCCGCUCUCUGUGUAUCAGUGGAUGUGCAUAACUUUUGUAACAAAUAAAUGUAAGCGCAUAUGUCGCUAUCAGCAUUCCAAUUUUAUUUGAUGUCUCUUCAUGUUCAUAACUUUAUUUUAUUUUCAUUGUGCAAAUUUAUGUUCGAUAUGCGCAUAAAAUGUAAUAUUUUCCAAUCAUUGUAGACACAAAAAAGUCACACACACAACUACUAAUAAGAUUGUUGAACUCUUGAUGCGGGCAUUUUAUAAAAUUCAUGUGAAUUUCUUUUUUUUUUAUUUCACGAGUUGUACACUCUUACAAAACACUUACAAUAAAGAAACUCCAGGGUUGUAAUUGGUCAAACCAGUUUCAUGCACAUCUACGCACGCCCAAAUCAAUUACAUUUGUUUGAGUCAAAAAUGUCUUAUCGCAUUCGAAAUGUUUUUUAUCGAUGCACAUUGAAAUUCAAUUGUAAUAACUAAAGACGAAACAUGUUUUGAUGAAGUUAACGAUAUGGACGACGAAAAAAAAAGAGAAUGCAAACCUGUAAAUAUAAGUUGAUGCAAUGAUUAUGAAUGCUAAUAUGGCAAGUGAAUGCGUGCACACAGGUUGGGUCAUUGCACCGGCGUGUAUGUGUAAAAGAGUCGUCGUUCAUCGAUUGAAUAUGCGAUUGACGGUGGUGGCUUUGAAUGUUCCGAAUGUUCUCAUUAUUUCAGUGCUUCGAUUGCACUGAUUCUAGUCGCUUGGGUAUUCACAUCGAUGGUAAUCAUUACACGUACAUAGAUCGAUUUCGUCUAAUUCAUAUAUGUGUGUAUGGAUGUCGAUUCUGCUGUGCUCUACAUUUCUUACACGCUGCAAAAUGAAUGCAAAGACGGUAUGGCGGUUAUGCUGAACGAGCACCCGCACCGUACCGUUUUUUACCUUUUUUUCUUCUUGAUUCAGCGUUUGAAGAUUCAAUUACGAUAGUUUUUAGCGGAUAUUACGUGCUAGUGUGGUAAUUUUGUGAAUCGCAUUUGAAAUCCUUUCUUCUUAAUGUUAAAGACAAAAAAGAAAUUCUUUUAAAUUCAAACGAAACGGUUUUUGCUCGAUUGGAAAAAGAUGCUUUUCUUUCAUUCGAAGCUUUUUUUUAUAAUAAUAAUAAAGUGCAUUUACAGCAUUGAUCUUCUUUUGCUUCUCCACUAAAAAUCAUGGCCUUAAAAUGUAUUUGAUGGC